CUGGCCACAUAAAUGGUAUCAGAUGGAAACUCCUCACCCUGCUAUGCAGAUGAGAGCGGGGGUGCUGCUGCGCUAAAGCUCGCCAUCCGUGACCUGCUGGAAACGUGGGAGGACACGCAUGUCAGCCAGAGCCCCCAGAGUAACCAGACCUACCAGAGCCUGCCCCGCAGCUGCAAGCAAAUUAAAGCCACCCAGAUCGGGGCUAGAGGCCUCCACCAUGCACAGGAGCUGCCGGCAGAGAAAACCUUGUCAGGGAUCCUGCUGCCUCGUCAGUGUCUGGCUGGUCUCCCCCAGCAGAGAAUUUCAGAGACACAAGUGGCACAGAGGCGCCCAACUCCCAUUGCCCAGCAUGUGCCUCUGAAAAUCUCCCCCCUCCUCUAUGGACCCUGGCAUAAGUCUCAGCUGAAGGAACGGCGUGCAGGACUCCGACAGGGAGGCCAGAGGAACCCUGAUUAUUACGAUCUGCAAGCCCGGGACCUGUCUGUGUGGCACGUAAACAACAAGACACCCCUGAAGGAAUGGAAGAACAGGUCCAUCCUGAGGUACCACACCGAGACUGGCUUCCUGUCCUCAGAGUGGGGGAACCUCCUCAGACUCUACCAGAAAUACCCAGUGAAAUACGGUGCUGGUGUCUGCAAGACCAACAAUGGCCCCGCUGUGCCCAUCAUCUACGACUAUGGCGAUGCCCAGCAAACCUCCAGCUAUUACUUUCCAAAUGGCCGAACUGAAUUCGUUCCCGGCUACAUCCAGUUCAGUGUAUUUAAUUCUGAGAAGGCGGCCAUGGCUCUGUGUGCUGGGGUGAAAGUCACCGGCUGUAACACCGAACAUCACUGCAUGGGUGGAGGAGGGUUCUUCCCAGAAGGGAACCCGGUUCAGUGUGGCGAUUUCCCUUCCUUUGACUGGAACGGCUACGGAACCCAUCAGCACUGGAGCGUAUCCAAGGAGAUGAUUGAAUCAGCAGUGCUGCUGUUCUACCGCUGAGUCCGGAAAGGCUGACGUGCCCCAGUGAACGACACUGCUUUGCUCCAGCCAGAGCUAUUCCCUGGCUUUGAAUGCAGACGUCUGCCACGCAAAUAAAGAAUUUGAAGUGGGCUGG